UUAGCUUCGCCUUGCUGUCUCUGCUGGCUGCAACGACAAACGAUGUCCUCCUAGUUCAAAUCCAAGUUGGUCUCAAAAACCGUUAGUUUACGCCCACAUUCUCAUUUGCAGCAGCUAGCUGGCGGGUGUAACCAUAGUAACGAUUUUUUAAGGCAGUCUUCCUCUACCGACCUGUGACCACAGUUUACCGUCCUCUUGCCUGUGACAUCUUUGCUUCCAACAUGAUUUGGCGUUGCUUCAUAUGCUACAUAUUUGUGGCAUUGACUCUGAAACAACUUUUAAGUCACAUUAACAUCAUGCACAGUCGCAGCCCUGACUUUCGCGUCGUGUGCGGGAUUGAUGGCUGUCCAAACGAGUACAGGGUGUAUAACUCCUUCUAUUAUCACGUGAAGCGGACACACGCGCAUCAUCUUCUCCAAGUUGAAGCGGCGGAGGAGGGCCACGGUUUACCUGGAGCACGGGCAGCCGCGAACAACCAAAGUAAUGCAAGCCCUGUGGCUGAAGCAGAGAGCUCAAGCAUCGUCAUUCCAGCGAGUGGAUUUCAAGAAGAUGGUCGCAUGAAUGUUGACCUUUCUAAACAUGCAACUGCUUUUCUUCUUCAAGCCAGAGAAACCCAUCGACUGACACAGAGAGCUGUUAACCAAAUGGCGAGUGGAGUCCAGCAAUAUCAGGCCGCAUUAUUGGAGCACCUAAAACAGCAAAUGAGCGACAUGAUCGAGAGACAUUCUGGGGACCUGGAUCUACUAAAGAGUGAUGCAAUGGGGAUAUUUGACCAGUUUGUUGACCCUUUCUGUCAAAUUACUUCCACCCAUUUGCAGGAUAAGACCAUCAAAGAACUGUUAAAACCAGUUGAACCAGAGAUUCUUGUCGCAAAACAGAGUCAAAGCAUUGCUUUUUUAAGCAGUGGGCUUUGA